AUGGGCUCCCGCGACGUAUUCAAGUACACGGACGAGUACGACGACCUCCUUGACCUCGCUGGUUAUACCGACAACUUGGUCAAGGUGACCAAAUAUAGGACGGGCUUGGACCCGAAGAUCAACCAAGCCAUCACCACCUCUGGUAACCCUCCCAGCCUCACCGACUACGCCGAAUGGCGUGUCCGUGCGUUCCGGCAGUACAAUGCGGAACUCGCUGCCAGAGCUUCUCGAGGCCACGCAGCGCCUCCUCCCCGAGCGCCUGCUGUUGCCCCCCGUCCUCGUGCCCCAGUGCUCCCUGCUGUAGCACCGGCCCUCGCUGCCCGCCCGGCGCCCGCCCCUGUCGCCCAUCCAAUUCCCAUGGAGUCCGGGUCAUCUUGCCCGUGA